CCACCAAUUUGGCACCGUGUACUGUCACUCUGCCUCCAACCAGCCCAACAUUGGCAGGUGGAUCAGUCCCAGUGGAGAGAGAUUCCACCAGUUGGGAACCACAUGUUCCAGGUCCAGUUCCACAGUGCCACCUACCACAGCUACACCUCUCUCUCCCUCAGAUACGGUGUCCAGUUCAGCAGAGAGGCAGAGGGAGUGUACAGUUGUAUCAUCCCUGAUGAGAAUGGAGUGGAGCAGAUUCUUCAUUUCGGUCUAUAUGACUAUAAUUUCACCUCUGUCUUUUCACUCCAUCCUCUUUCUGUGAGAGUCAUUUCUGAAGAUCCCUUCAUCAUCUCCUGUGACUCCACCCACCUUCCUCCCUACCUGGUCCAGUGGUGGCAGGAUGGCGACGUACUCGGUGAAGAACUCUCCUCUUCCCACCUC